AUGGCGUCGCAGGAGACUAACCCAGUGAAUCUCAUUCAGAUCAGCAUGUAUCGUUCUCUGCCUAAUGUUUGCGAAGAGCUAAACAAGUUGUUUGUGAAUGAAACGGUGCCGGUUGGUGCUGUCGUUGUUGAUGCUUUGUUAGAUCAGGUUGUGGAAUUUGUGAAGGAUCGAAACGUCUUGUCAUUUGUAUAUUUCCCUUCCACGGCCAUGAUGCUUUCACUCUGCUUGUAUUCUUCAGAGCUGGAUAAGGCAGUUUCUCGUGAGUUCAGGGAUCUAGCAGAACCCAUAAAGAUUCUAGCGAUCUCCCAGACUCGCUUCAAGAUCGAACCAACCAAGAGUACCAGAUUUUUCUUCAAGCUGGUCAAUGAUUCCACCGAUAGGGUCUUAGUCAACACCUUCUUAGAAUUAGAGCCUGGGCCUAUAUGGGCCUUGAGAGAAAGGCCAGGCCCAACUCCAUCCAACUCCGUGGUUUAUGUAUGCUUUGGAAGCAGUGGGACCCUCUCCCAUGAGCAAUUGGAUGAGCUGGCAAUGGGACUUGAGUUGAGUGGUCAGAAUUUCUUAUGGGUUUAUAAGCCUUCGAAGAGCGUAGUUAACGGGGUGCCACUCAUAGCGUGGCCACUUUUUGCUGAGCAGAAACUAAAUGCCGCUCUAGUAAGUGAUGGUCUCCAGGUGGCCUUGAGGCCAAAAUAUAACGAUCGAGGCAUUGUGGGAAGGCAAGAAAUUGCUAAGCUUGUGAAGAGUUUAAUUGAAGGUGAACAAAGUGAAGCAUUUCGCCAAAGAAUGAAUAAUCUUAAACUCGUUGCUUCUCAAGCGGUUCAAGAAUAUGCAUCUUCCACUAAGACUUUUUCUGAGUUUGCUCUCAAAUGCAAGAGCUUUAUGAAUAAAUAG